ACCCCUACACAGCAUGGCUAAACUUACCGACUUCAAACUCCUCUCUUUUGACGUUUAUGGCACUCUGAUCGAUUGGGAGGCGGGAGCUCUGAUUGCACUCCAGCCCCAUGUCAAAAAGUCCGGCAAAGAGGACAUGGACCGAAAGCACAUAAUGCAGACCAUGCACAGGAUCGAGGCGCGCGUUGAGCGGGAACACGGCCAUCUCAAGUACUCUCAAGUCCUCGAGAUGGUUCUUCCUGAGCUGUCCGAAGCACUAGGGCUAGAGAAACCGAGUGAAGAAGAGUGCAAGCAGUUUGGAGCCAGUAUCGGCGACUGGCCUGGAUUUGCGGAUAUCCCGUCGGCACUAGAGCGGCUGUCCAAGUUUUACAAGUUGGUUGUCCUAUCCAACGUCGACCAUGACUCUUUCAAGAGGGGAAAUGCAAAUGGGCUCAAGGGCUACAAGUUCGAUGCUGUAUACACGGCCCAGGACAUUGGCUCGUACAAGCCCGACCCCCGGAAUUUCGAGUACAUGCUCAGCCACGUCAAGGACGAGUUUGGCGUCGAGAAGCACGAGGUACUGCAAACGGCGCAGUCGCAGUACCACGACCACCAUCCGGCCAAAGACAUGGGCAUUAGGAGUUCGUGGAUUUACAGACCUGGCGCUGUCAUGGGCAACCGCGAUGAUCCGGUCUACACCUGGAAGUUCGAUACCCUAGCGGAUAUGGCGGAUGCAGUAGAGAAAGAAUUUGCAGCGCAGGGACAAUGAGCGUUAAAUAUGCUAUAGUGUUAGUACGGGUUGAUAUGAAUUCUGC